AUGCACCUUCACAUCUUUGAAACUUCACAGCUUGAAGGACUCACUGGGAGAGGUGGAUACCAUCUAGGAGGUCCAGCUGAGUGGAAUUCUGGGGGCGUUGACCAGAGGUCUCCUUCGCUGGGAUUGGAGCCUGUCAAAACAGCGGCUCUACGAACUCGGGGAGAGCUGGUAGAGGAGCAGCGGCUGCUGCAGGAACUUCCCCUGGCCCUGGAUGGGGCAUUAAGGCGGCUCCAGGCCUGGGGGAGCACUGGGAGGCAGGCGCGUCAUUAUCCGGACUCACUGGGAGAGGUGGAUACCAUCUAG